AACACUCCUGAUCAGAUUACCUUUCACAGAUAUCAACAUUCUGCUGUUCUUCAGUCUUUACUUUGGCUGGAAGUUUAUGAAAGGGAAGAGAUCUGGAAACCAGACAAAAUGGACUUUGUGACAGGCAUUCCCACCCCGGAGGAGACAGAAGGCCUGUACUACCCGCCUGUGGGUUUCUGGCAAAAAGUUGCUGCCACUUUGUUCUAGGUUAUGGUUUGGCUUAUUGUAUACAUCUGGUCACUGUAUUUCCAGUUUCCGCUUUGGAAGCUGUAAUUCCCUUUUCUUUUUAAUGUUAAACAGUGGAUGGUUUCGAAUAUUCGUUUACAUAUUUGUUGCGGUCAUCAGAUGUUGUCAAACACGAGACAUAAUGCAGUGAUGCCCUCUGACAUUUCAGUUUACUCUGCAAUACGCUAUGAGCAGUGAGAUAGGGAGUACUUAGUACACAGGG